AGCAUCGCCUGCGCCGCCGCCUCCGAUGGAUCCAGGCACGCUGCGCCGCAGGGUCCCUUCCGUCGGUCAGGAGGAGGAGGUCUUCCAGCAGGUCUCCACCAGGCUUCCAUCCGACGCCGUGUCCACCUGGCGUCCCGAGCUGCGCAGCCUGCUCAUCCACUCAGUGGUGUUGGCGGUGGUAAUCCCUUCUUUGCACUCCUACUCCGGCGGCGAGCAGGUGCGAUCCUGCUGGACAUUGUCCCUGUUUGUCAUCCUAUACCUGUUUGGCUGCUCCGUCUCCUACUCCACCCCGCCUACGCCCUUAGCCAAGAUGUUCUUCGCUCUCUCCUACAUCGCCCUCCUAGCGUCCGUCGUGGGCACUUGGGUGAGUAGCGUGCUGGGCGUGGUGCUCAUCUACUCAGACUCCAUCCUAGCCGCAGGCCUCUUCGGCAGCGUACUUGCGCAGCACAGGGAGGGUAACGGCAGAGAGACUGCCGCCUUGGUUGCUUUCGCGAACGCCUCCCCUACCGGCAUCUACCAUAGGCAGGUUGGGAUCUACCCCUUGUUAGCUAUUUUUGCCUUGUUUGGUGCUAUAUGCUGGGUAAUGCGCCCGGAAGGCGACUACGACGCCCUCGUCACCGCGAUGAACCUAUUCGCAGCCAUUGCGUGCCUGGAAUUCGUUCAUACUGUUUGUGUCCUGGGGUGGUUAAAUGGGGCUGUCUUUGGCAUGGAUAGCGCUCCUCCCGUAGUGUUUUUGUUUGCUGCCAUAGGCAUGCAGUUCCCUGUCUCGUAUCUCCUCGGCGGCAAGCUCGUCGCGGCCAACGUCUUGUGGCUGUGUGUUCUUGCGGCGACCGCGUUCCACGGAUACUACCUCAGGGUUCUUGACUCCUACGAGCAGCUCAUGUACGCUAGGGAUGCCAGGAAAAUCAGGAACUCUGCAGCAGUCGCGCCUACCACAUCGAACACUACAGCUACACCUAUCUCUCCAGGAACUCCAGCUACAGCUUCAUGCACCAAGGAGACGAACACUGAUGGCUCGGCAGCAGCCGCGCCUACAACAGAGAGCACUCCAGCUACACCCACCUCUCCAGGAAGUCCAGACAAGGAGACGAUCACUGAGUUCUUCGCUGCAUGAUUUACCACUGUCUGACGGUGCUAAAAUAUAUGUAAUAAUAGCUUGCGGAUGCAAUUAUUCUAAGAGAUUGUGCUAGUACUACAUGGUGUC